AUUCGUCUUCUUAAAUCUUAAGUCAUCUUUCUUUCCAUCUCUAUCGAUAUUUUCUUUCUCAUUCUAAAAAUGGAGAUGAAUUCUUCAUCCACCGUCAGCCAUCAUCACCAAUCGCCACCGCCAACACCCGUCACAAUCUCCGAUCCAAACAACCCAUAUCCAACCACCUUUGUACAAGCCGACACAACUUCUUUCAAACAAGUAGUCCAACUACUAACCGGAUCAUCCGAAACACUUGUCAAACACGCCAACACUAUUACUAGUCAACCAUCUAAAAACCCGAUCCAUUUAACCAAAACCAGCCCGACUAAAAGACCAUCAAAGCUUUAUGAACGUAGAAACAGUCUUAAAAACUUCAAGAUCAGCCCAUUAGUUUCUGGGUCAACCCGAGUUAUUAGUAAUUCUAACAUGCCCGAGAUUUUGUCUCCAAGUUUACUUGAUUUCCCAUCUUUGGUUCUUAGCCCGGUUACGCCACUUAUACCCGACCCGUUCAACAGGUCUCCGGUGACUGAUGGUAGCCCACCGGGUUUGGAUGUUGAGGCUGAAGAAAAAGCGAUUGCCGGUAAAGGGUUUUAUUUACAUCCGUCUCCGGUCACUACUCCGAGGUCGGAAAAUGAGUUACAGCUUUUGCCAUUGUUUCCGGUGACUUCACCUAGAUGUUCCGGCGGAUCUACUUCCAGUUCUUGAUUUAUAUUGCUUCUUUUUUAGCUGUAAUUGUAGUGAGUUCAUUAAUAAUUUUCUUAUCUUAUAUAAUAUAGUUUUUUUUUUUUAUAUAGAAAAUAUUGACUGUUGCUACGUACGAGCUUGUAUACGAAUUAGAUUCCUUGUUUGUGUGUGACAAUGAGUUUUUGAAUAUUUUAAUUUUAACAAUGUAACAUACAUCUAGAUUGAAU